UACUCCUUUGUCGUUAGGAUACCUCGGUGAAGGAUCAAGAUCAACCAACUCCAGGGUGGAACUCAAUUUUCUUGAAAUCAGAGUCCAACUUCAAGUGCUCAAGCAAGGCUUUACAUAGUUGAAAUACCAACAUGGCGAGCAAACAGCCUAACAUUGAACUUUACACGGCCGGCACACCCAAUGGCCAAAAGAUCAGCAUCACACUCGAAGAACUCGGGCUCCCAUAUUCCGUGCGGAAGAUAUCCAUUGCGGACAACGAGCAAAAGGAAGAUUGGUACUUGAAGAUAAAUCCUAACGGCCGCAUUCCGGCCAUUGUCGACAAAUCCAAUGACAACAUCGCCAUUUUUGAAGGCGCUGCUAUCCAGCUCUACCUCACAGCCCGUUACGAUCCCGAUCACCGCAUCUCUUUCCCAUACAAUAGCACUGAAUACUGGGAGAUGGUCGCUUGGCUCUCUUGGAUGCACGCUGGUGUGGGUCCCAUGCAAGGGCAGGCAAACCACUUCCACCGCUACGCGCCGGACAAGAUCCCAUAUGCCAUCGAUCGCUACCAGACCGAGACGCGCCGCCUCUACGGCAUUUUGGACACGCGGCUUGAAGCGCAGGAAAGCGGCGGACAAGGCCAAUGGCUGGUCGGUGGCAAAUACAGCAUCGCGGACCUGGCAUGUUUCAGCUGGGUGAACUGGGCCGAGUGGGCGGGUGUGGAAACAGCGAAGUUCCCCGCGCUGCAAAGCUGGUUGGAGACGAUCCAGCAACGUCCGGCGGUUGUCAAGGGAGUCGAUGUCCCUGAGAAGUUCGAAAUGAAGGAGAAGAUGCGGUCCAAGGAAGGCGAGGAGGCAUUUGCAAAACAUCAUUCCGCGUGGGUAAUGCAGGGCAUGAAGGACGACAAGGAGAAGCACAAAUGAGGUGAUGAAUCAUCCUUUCUGUGACUCCUGCGUUGCAUUGCACAUUCUAUUCUGAGCUUUGAUCAAGGUGAAUUGCUGCACCGAAUUCUGUCCCGCUUUUAUUCUUGCAAGUCGUGGCCAUCCUCCAUCUGUGCCUCUCUUGUAUCAGAUCGAUGAUGGUCGUCAAGAUCGCCAACGCUGAACUGGCGUCAGUUUGACAGAUAAAGGCUUCAAAUCCCACAAGACGUAAAAUCUCGCGCCGUCAACCCAAUCAUCUUGCGGUGC